GCAGAAGUAACAAGCGUUCUUCCCCGUGCGCUCCUAGCCUUCACAUAGACACACCUGCGUGAGAAGCAGAGGGGAGGAAAGACACAGGCCCAGAGGCCCUGCACUUUGUGCGGUGUGGGGGGAAGGCCCAGGUCCCUGCCUGUCUCAGGGAAUCCACAAUGAAUCAAGAAGCGGCUUUUAGGCACCUGCUCCUGAUGCUGCAAUUGGUGAUGCUCCCAGCGGUCACUCCUGUAAGAGAAGUGGUGUUGGGGAAGGCAGGAGAUGCAGUGGAGCUGCCCUGCCAAACUUCCCAGAAGAAGAACAUACACUUCAACUGGAGAGAUUCUUCCAUGGUCCAGAUUCUGGGAAAUCAGGGCUCCUUCUGGACUGUAGGCAGCUCCAGGCUGAAGCAUCGUGUUGAAUCGAAAAAAAACCUGUGGGACCAAGGAUCCUUUCCUCUGGUCAUCAAGGAUCUCGAAGUUGCUGACUCAGGGAUUUACUUCUGUGACACAGACAAGAGGCAAGAGGUGGAAUUGCUGGUGUUCAACUUGACUGCCAAGUGGGACUCUGGCAGCAGCAGUGGCAGCAGCAAUAUCCGCCUGCUGCAAGGGCAGCAGCUGACCCUGACCCUGGAAAACCCCUCAGGGAGUAGCCCUUCAGUGCAAUGGAAAGGUCCAGGGAACAAAAGCAAGCAUGGUGGCCAAAACCUUUCACUGUCCUGGCCGGAGCUGCAGGACGGUGGCACCUGGACAUGUAUCAUCUCCCAGAGCCAGAAGACAGUGGAGUUCAACAUAAACGUCUUGGUGCUGGCUUUCCAGAAGGUCUCUAACACAUUCUAUGCAAGAGAAGGGGACCAGGUGGAGUUCUCCUUCCCACUUAGCUUCGAAGAUGAAAACCUGGUCGGGGAACUGAGGUGGCAGGCACAGGGGGCCUCCUCGUCCUUGCUCUGGAUCUCCUUCACCUUAGAGAACAGGAAGCUGUCUAUGAAAGAGGCCCAUGCCCCCCUCAAACUUCAGAUGAAGGAAUCGCUCCCACUCCGCUUUACCUUGCCCCAAGUUUUGUCUCGGUAUGCUGGUUCUGGAAUCCUGACCCUGAAUCUUGCCAAGGGGACGUUGUACCAGGAAGUGAACCUCGUGGUAAUGAGAGCAAAUAGUUCUCAGAACAAUCUGACCUGUGAGGUGCUGGGACCCACCUCCCCUGAGCUGACACUGAGCUUGAAUCUGAAAGAGCAGGCUGCCAAGGUCUCAAAGCAGCAGAAGCUGGUAUGGGUGGUGGAUCCUGAGGGGGGAACGUGGCAGUGUCUCCUGAGUGACAAGGACAAAGUCCUGCUGGCAUCCAGCCUCAAUGUUUCAUCCCCAGUGGUCAUCAAGUCCUGGCCAAAGUUCUUGGCUAUCACGCUGGGCGGGAUCUUAGGCCUUCUGCUUCUAAUUGGGCUUUGCGUCUUCUGCUGUGUUAAGUGCUGGCGCCGCAGGCGCCAGGCAGAGCGGAUGUCUCAGAUCAAGAGACUCCUCAGUGAGAAGAAGACCUGCCAAUGCUCCCACCGGAUCCAGAAGACAUGUAGUCUCAUUUGAGGCGCGGGGCCAGGUGGAGCUUCCGGCUUGCAAGCUCACCGGCUGUCCUCCCCUGCCUUUCCUGCUGGGCUCCUGGGCCUGCGGACCAGAUGAAUGUAGCAGACCC